CACAACUGCAGAAGAACUUCACUGCGAAGCAGUCCGAUCGUCCUCUGCACGCUAUUGAAAGUUAUUUCUGCAGAGCUGCACCGCAACAACAGUGGUGAGACCGUGGCCACAGAAUGUAUAGCAGACAUGAGCGACACGACCCUCUGAGAUAGCUCCUGCAGCCAGCAUGGAGCCCACAGGAUGCUGCGCUCCAAUGGCCUUGGAGUCGGACAUCUACCGCAGUGUCCAGGCCGUCCUCAGAGAGUUGGAAAGCCAGCACCCCUCCACCAUGGUCAACAAAGGGAUGCUGAGAUGGACACUGCACAAGAAGGUGCAGAACAACCAUUUGAACAGUCUGACUCUGGUGAGAGUCGUCAUUAAGGAGCUCGAAAGGGCCGAAAGAGUUGACUCCCGGCAACACAUCAUUCCAUUGCUCCACACACUCAUCUAUGCUGUUAUACAGUCAGCCUACAUCCCAGACGACCUCUCCAAGAGGGUGUAUGACUUCUGCAAGCGCCUGCUGACCCUUCCCCAGCCCUACUGCACCGUGGGGCUGAGCUACACCCGACACAUGAAGGCCGAACUCUCCAAACCAGGUCUCAUGUACCAGAGGAUGGUGGUAGCCGAACAGAGCCUGAAGAAUGAAUAUUAUCCAUGUCAGGAGAGGGUGUUUGUGUUUGCGGACCCAGCUGUGUUCUCCGGGCGCCUGGGCCAGGGCCUGCGAGGGGACAUCGAAGGGCCCGGGGGGUUUCGGAGCCCCCUGGACCACAUGUGCAGCGUGGUCCAGCACUCCAUCCAGGCCUCUCUGGGGGCCGAGCGGUGCCACGGCCCCACCCUGGCCCAGGCUCUGAAGGACAUGGGCCAGGACGUUGAGCCAUACUUCCAGGAGGUGGUGGCGUCUCUGGAGCAGAACGUAGAGGAGAGCACUAGGACCGAGGGGGCGCAGUUGAAGGACAGGCUGGAGCAGCUCUACAAGGAGAUCCUCACAGCCUCCAGCUUAGAGCCAUUGUCCUCUGGCAGAGUGUGUGACAGCCCGCUUCCAAACCCGGAGAUGAGCUUCCACCUGUGGCAGGAUGAGGAGGAUAUCUGGCGAGAGCUGGCCAAGUGCGUGCGCUCCAGCACCAUGUCGGAGCAGUUCUCCCUCGGCCAGGACUUUGACUUCUGCGACCUCCCCGGCGACCUCACCCCCUCGGAGAUGCCCCGCCACUCCAUCGUGUCCACCGACAGCGGCAUCGAGCGGGACCUCCCCGGGGCCGACCCCCAGGCGGAGCCCCCCGGCAGCCCGGGGGAGCUCGAGCAGAGCAGGCUGUCGCGCCGGGGCGGGAUUAAGAUGAGGCCCUCGGUGACGGACAGCAUGGCGCUGAUGCAGGACUCCCUGGAGGACCCGGGGACUCCUGGGGGGAGGAGGGAGGAAGGAGGGGGAGGAGAAGGGGGAGGAGACACGCUGCAGAGGAGGGCGGGGAGCAGCGCGACCCCCUUCCCCAAGCAUCAGAAGAACUUCACGGCUCGGGUUGUGGUGAUGGGGGAUGACAGAGUGCUGGGGAGGCUGGCCAAGGCCUUCUACUUCCUCAGGAAACGAGAAGCGAGGCGCCUGUUUCUUACCAUGAAAGUCAACCUCCAGUUCUACCACAUCCCUGUCAGCGAGGAGCCCACACCCACGUCCUCUGGCAGAGAAAACCUUUCUCCUGCUGGGCAAAAUCCCUGUGCUCUGGGCUCCUACCUGGGAAUGGUAGACCCUUGGUACGAAUGCAACAUCAAGAGUCUGGGGUCGAUGAUCCCCAAACUUGCCAAAAUGCAGUCGAGCAGCAGCAAGCAGACAGAACCAAGUCCCUUCCUGUCUGACGUCAUAUCCUAUUACGUCCGAACGGGGCUGCAGCCAGUGUAUUUCACCAUCUACUUUGUCAAGAUGACCUUCUCUAGCCUCACUAAGGAGCCGGUGGAGGAGGUGUUCCUUUCCCACCUGGUGAUGGAGUUCCCUGAGCUUAAACUGCCUGCGGCCACUCUAAGAGACAUGACGAUCAAGCAGAGGAAAAACACUGGAGACAUAUGCGGGGCCGUCGUCUCCAUCAAUUACAGACAGGUGACGUUGAGUGGACGAGACGUGGACAGGGGCGUAUCCCUCAGGACUGCAGGAGCUCAGAUCAGCGCUAUACCUUCCAACAAAACUGAAGAUCUGAACUGUCUGACCGUGAAUUUCUGUAAGACCAAACCAAAGCACGGCACGGAGUACAAGAUACGCACCUGCAACAUUAAAAUAAGGGCUCUUGAAAGGAGAGCCUUCUCUAUCAUCCUGGACAAGGACUCUCGCAGGACCUUCAAAGAUGUUCAAAGCAUAGAGAUCGCUCCCUGCCUUGACCCUGGGUACUGCAUCCAGAAGGCCAUGAGAUCCAGGUUCAGUCUGGGAGAAGACAAGGAUGCUGGACUAAGCAAGUACAUGAACAAGGGACUCCUUCUACCUAUCAACACCUUUGCUGGUAUCAUCAACUGACAAUGCCCACUUCAUCUGGACGGGCUCAUCUGUACAGAGACUAAGAGGUUGGGACCAUCCGUAUGAUCUGGCGAUUAGUUGCGAUUGGUUGCUUGAUUUACCUCUGUCCUUUACUUAACCUUGAUCUUUGUGGUUAAGUGUUGUUUACGUGGACAAGGGCCACAGUAAAUUGCUUCCACAAGUAACCCGGGGUUUUACAGAACUGAUCCAGCUCAGAGAGGCCCACCAGACUUCCGGAGCUUUCUUCUUAACUGCUGAACAGUGACGAUGUGGGAAAAUCCAUAAAGGUGAACAUCUUCACAGUAACAAAGCGUCUGUCAUGCCUGUGGUGUGACUAUAGUAACAUUUAAAAUGAAAAGGUAUGCUUGGCUGGGUGCAUUUAAGGUGAAUGUUCUUGGAAGGAAUUACACAAUGAAAUACGUGGCGUGUUUGGAACUUGGCAGGAGAUUCAUAUUCCAAAACAAAAUGUCCAAGAUAAGGGUGGGCCACCCGACUAAAGUGCCUGCAUGGGGGUAAAUAUAUCAUACAGGCUUCCUCGUAGAACAAGUUUAUCUCCUACCUUAUGCAAAUGUCCCUGAGAUUAACCAGUGCUAUUGGUGAGAUAGUGUACCUUCAUUUAGUAAGCUCCCAGGUCAGAAUUCUAGGCUUUAGUACAGUGGGCUAUAGCAGGUCUAGGGAAUGAGUAAUCAUGGCCAGGCUUUAGACUAAUGAGCUAACUCGCCCACUUGUUUUCACGUAAACACAAUACCUGCUUUUUCCAAGUGUGCUGAAUCAGCAAGCGCCAGUGGUGUGACAGACCUUCCUAGCUAAGCUUGAUUGGACAAAAGAAGUUCACGGGCAGCAUAUUGACUCAUUUGAAUGGUACUGUAGGAACAGCAAACCGUCUUAACCCCUUUGAACCCAUCGCCAACAUACGGGUUGACAUGGAACAACAAUAUAUCAAAUUACUCAAGUCAAGUGAAAUCCAAAACACUGUCAAAAACCUUCAGUUCAAGUAAUGUUCCUUCUAAUUUGGUCCUUUUCUUCAAUGUGAUAUGCAUGCCACGUGACACACACAUCAUACAAGCUGGGACCCCAUACAGCUUUCCACUUUCUAGCUCAUUUAACCCCUCGAUGCUAAUGAAAGGUGCAAUAUCCUGUAAAGCUAUACAAAGCUGAACCACACAGCUUUCUGCUGUCCAUACCGUAACGGGUGAUGGUGUGAGAACGUGGUUAACGCUUUGAAGAAGGUUUAUUUGUAAUAAGCCACGAGCUGAAGGAAACUGAUUCUUGUAAAUGCAUCUCAAAGCGUAUCUGACGGUCACUGACAGACUUGCAGUUACGAAGCCGCUUUUCUGAACAAUACAUUCUGAGUAUGUUUUUUUGGUAUUGGAUGAUCAGAAUAGCCUUUAACGGAUGAUGGCCUAAUGCAGGGAUACAAUGCAGGAGAUGAUCUGAUUGUAUUUCCAUGGUCUCUAAUGUAUAACACUUAAUGUGGAUAUUUGAGUACAUUGAUUAAUUUGAAUCUCUUGUAUGAUCUUAAGCAUGUCUUACAAGUGUUUGUGGAGCUGUAAUCAGAGAAAGAGCUAGUCUGUUAGUGAUCAAUUUUGCACACUAUAUUUUAUUAUGUCAAUGCCUUGUUAGGCAAAUAAUUGUUAUUGUAAUGAUUUGUUUCAUAUUGUGUACAUAAACAUAUUUUACAUCUUUACAGUGUAUAUUUUACAUAAAAAGAGUUUACAUGUGAGGAAC